AAAAAUAAAAUAAAAAAAUCAUUUCCUUCAAGCAAGCAGCAGACAAAAACUUGCUAAUCACUCUUAUAGUCCCGUCUAAACCAGAACGUCCUGCUCUCAUCCAAAAACCAGUCACAAAUUUUAUCAAUACUUCACGGAGAUUUUCUCCACGCAUCUUUUCUUGUGAUAACUAAAUGGCAACCGAAUCGAAGGUAGCAACUGAAGACGUGAAGAUCGACCUAUUCGAGGACGAUGAUGAGUUUGAAGAAUUCGAAAUCGAUCAAGUGUGGGAGCACAAGGAAGAAGGAAAAGAAAUAAUGCAGCAGUGGGAAGAUGACUGGGAUGAUGACGACGUUAGUGAUGACUUCUCGCUGCAGCUGAGGAGGGAACUUGAGAACACCACCGAGAAGAACUGAGCUAAGUCUUACAUAUUCCUUGUUGGUGUUCUCUCUCACUCCAUGCGGCGUUGUUUCUGGCUUUUCCUAGCUUUGUUAUAUCAACUGAAGUUGGUUUUCUCAUAUGAUUUCAGUAAAAGACGAUCAAUCUUAUUCUAAACUAGUUAUGAACUUCUUCGAGCCUAUAAACUCAAAAUUACUGGGCCUCAUUGUAAUAUUUAGGGGUGGUAACUUUCGCAUCAAUUGAUUGGUUAUGUUACGCUGA